CCAAGCUCGCAUUCAGAUUCGGACAGAAAGCCCAUUCUUCGUCGUCGUCGUUGUCAUCUUGCCUUCUCCCUCCCCUUCCCUUCCGAUUGGGACCGCGCCAGAACCUUAAUACUGUCUUGUCGGCGGCGAUGGCUGCUUUCCAUGUGUAAGGAACAGACCCAUAUCUUUCUUCAACCUCAAACUUUCAAGCAUCAAUCAUGUGGCACUGCUUCCGCUACAACAAAUUCUUUCCAACUUCACUCCAUAGCCCAAUUUCCAAUCUUUCUCUUCGUUUCAUCUUCUCCGUUGAUUCUUCUGUUCAAUCCUACACCGUCACGCCGCCGAUCAAGCCCUGGCCGCAGCGUCUCUAUCCCAAGCGCCUCGUCGCUAUGGUCAUUCGCCAACAGAAUCUCGACCUCGCCCUUCAAAUCUUCCACUACGCCGGCAAAUUUCAUCCCGGAUUUUCCCAUAAUUACGAUACUUAUCAUGCGAUCAUUCAUCGUCUCUCUCGCGCUCGAGCUUUUGAACCUGUCGAGUCUUUGCUCGGGGAAUUGAAGAAUUCUGGUAUCAAUUGCGGUGAGGAUUUGUUCAUUUCUGUGAUUAGAAACUAUGGGCUGGCGAGCCGGCCGAAAAUGGCUGUGAAGACAUUUCUACGUAUUCAAACCUUCGGUGUUCGACGCUCGGUGAGGUCGUUGAAUACGUUGCUCAAUGCUUUGGUGCAGAACAAACGGUUUUCUUUGGUACAUUUGUUGUUUAAGCAUUCGAGAUCCAAAUUUGGGGUCGUUUCUAAUGUGUUUACUUGUAAUAUUUUGAUCAAAGCGCUUUGUGAAAAGAAUGAUGUCGAGGGUGCACGGAAGGUGUUUGACGAAAUGCCUGCCAUGGGUAUGGUUCCAAAUGUGGUUACUUAUACUACAAUCUUAGGUGGUUAUGUUGCAAGAGGCGAUAUGGUUAGUGCCAAGAGAGUUUUUGGUGAGCUUUUUGAUCAUGGUUGGCUUCCUGAUGCGACUACUUAUACAAUUUUAAUGAAUGGGUACAUCAAGCUAGGUAGAUUCACUGAAGCUGUAAAGGUGAUGGAUGAAAUGGAAGAAAAUGGGGUUGAGCCAAAUGAUAUUACUUAUGGAGUCAUUAUUGAAGCUUAUUGUAGGGAGAAGAAGUCUGGCGAAGCACUUAACCUGCUUAAUGAUAUGCUUGAAAAGAAGUAUGUACCAAGCUCAGCACUUUGCUGUAAGGUGAUCGAUGUUUUGUGCGACGAGGGGAGGGUAAAGGAAGGUUGUAAGCUGUGGGAGAAGCUUUUGAAUAAGAACUGUACUCCGGAUAAUGCUAUUACAAGUACCCUUAUUCAUUGGCUUUGUAAGGAGGGGAAUAUAUGGGAAGCAAGAAACUUAUUUAACGAGUUUGAGAGGGGAUCGAUUCCAAGUUUAUUAACUUAUAACACGCUUAUUGCAGGGAUGUGUGAGAUGGGGGAGUUGUGUGAAGCCGCUAGGUUGUGGGAUGACAUGUUGGAAAAGGGUUGUAUGCCUAGUGAAUUUACUUAUAAUAUGCUGAUAAAAGGAUUUCUUAAAGUUGGUAAAGCUGAGGAAGUGAUUAAAGUAGCGGAGGAGAUGUUGGAUAAGGGAUGCUUGCCAAAUGAAUCAACUUACUCAAUUUUGGCUGAAGGGCUCCUCAAAUUGGGAAAAGGAGGAGAAUUCUUGAAUAUUCUUUCGAUGUUCGUCUCGAGCGGAGUUGUAGACGUUAAAGGCUGGCAUCUAUUCGUACCCAAGUUUGUUUGCAAUAUGGACGAACAAGCAAAUAUGCUCGAGAAAAUAUUGAUUGAAACUUGAGAGUUCUGGGUAUAAAUUCUUCACAUAUUUACAAAUCUACUGUACUGUACGUUGAAAUACUGCUAAUCCUUUCUAGUAAAGGCAGUCGUUUGCUUGCUCCAGAUUGCUUGGUGUCUCAUCUCUGGUGAACAGGGCGCCAGAGUGCUAUUGAGGUAUACCCUUUAGAAUAUUUUACCUGCACGAUUGUACAUACAUAUGUCGAACUUGAGACUGUUCUACCGAUGUGCCGAUCUGCCAUUGGGGGUCUCUUCAAGGUACUUCCAAAGGAAUAUAAGUUGUGCUUGUGUUUUUAUAAGAUACUCUGACAUAUUCGAUGUGUAAGAUAUUAUCUAUGAAAUAGCGUUACUCAUUGUAAAUUUAGGUCCCUGCUCACUGCUAUGCUAUGAAUUAGGUAGGUCUUUAAGUUGGAUGACCUCUCUUUAAGUACCUCCAUUGCCAUGAGGUCAGGGAAAGUACCUCUAACCUGUCUUCGAUUUUGACCAGCUCGACAAAUUCUCGAGGCCGACCUCUUGUACAAUGUCGAAGGGCGAGACUGAGGUCUCUCUGGCCCAGUCUUCCUCCCUCUUCCACGGGUACUAGAAGCAUGCGGGUUGAGUUCAGAAACCUCCAUUGGGCAAUGUUUAGUGUGGCAGACUUACUUGGCUGAUUUGGAGUCAAUUUGCACCUGAUUGAACUAGUUUUUAUUCAGUGAUCAAGACCAAGUCCGAGCGUCAACCUUGGAGCUGUGUUCAACUUGAUUGUGAGGCAGCUCUUGUAGGUACAGAUGGAACAAUGUGCGAGAGUGCAUAUGAAAGCUUUGGCAUCAACGAGAAUCCACGGCCACCUAGCUACUCAGUUGCAGUGCAACCAGGAAAGGCAUAGGCCAAGACACCCGAAUGAGUGAAUUGUUGAAGGUGCAGUGAGUUUCUUCUAAAUCUCUGACAAGGAAAAAUGUCAUAGUGAAGAUGAACAAUGAUUUGACAUGGAUUAAAAAAUCUGCCUCUUUUCUAAUAAUUACUUUUUCCAAAUAAUUUUCUAAGGCAUAAGAGUUGCAUUGGUCUCAACCAUACUAGUAACUCUUAGAUACUUUUGAAUGUUGAAUUUGUUUGUGUGGAUUGGUUUAUCAAGUUUAAUAUU